AUGCAGCUACGGAGUACAGCUCCAGCUCUUGAAGAGGCCAGCGUUACGUCCAUUCAGCCGCAGAAGACCGAAUCCUCUCAUACCUCAUCCACUCAGAACUGGGACUUUAAAGUAGGUGUGGCGACGGAUCGAAACAACCGCUGGAGGAAAACUAUGGAAGACACUCACGCUUAUGAAUACAAUUUUGAAAAUGUUCCCGGUCAGGGAUAUUUUGCUGUUUUUGAUGGCCAUGCAGGUCACUUUGCCGCGGAUUGGUGCAAGGACAAUAUGGGGUCGAUCUUUGAAAAGGAGUUAAAGGACAACCCUGACAUGGAUGUUCGUGAAAUCAUGAAAAAUACGUUUUUGAAGGCCGACAAGGAGCUGGAAUUUGAAUCUGAGCGUGCUGGGACACGGAGUGGCUGCACGGCUGUCAUGUGCUUUAUUCGCUAUGAGCCUGCAUCGUCAGAAAAUACCAAUGACCGAAAGCGCGUUCUGUAUACGGCUAAUGUUGGUGAUGCACGCGCUGUUCUUUGCCGAAAUGGCAAAGCCGUGCGUUUAACGUACGACCACAAAGGUUCGGAUAUGCUAGAGUCGAAGCGCAUCACAGAUAAAGGAGGAUUCUUGCUGAACAACAGAGUUAAUGGUGUAUUAGCCGUAACUCGAUCCCUGGGUGACUUCUCGAUGAAGGAGUUUGUCGUUGGCUCCCCCUUUACUACAAGCAUCGACCUUCUCGAUGAGGAUGAAUUCCUGGUUGUGGCCUGUGAUGGUCUAUGGGACGUGGUCAACGAUCAAAAUGCCGUUGAAUUGGUUUCUAAAGUCAAGGAUCCACAAGAUGCUGCCGAUACACUACUUCAGCACGCAUUGGACAAUUUCAGUACUGACAAUACUUCCGUCAUGGUCGCGCGCUUCUGCAAAGCAGAUUCUUAG